AACAUUAUUAUUUAUUGCGAUGUUUCCUACAGCAUCCGACCUGCCGGUCGAUGAUUUACAAACCGUUUCCGUAGAACCGUCCAAAAUCGAGGAAAAAAUUAGUAAGCAGUAUAAAAGCUGGUGAAAUACAUAAUGGCAGCAUCAGUACGCAUAAACGUUUCACGGAUAGCUGAAGUGAUAGUGUGGAUUUUAAAUUUCAAAUAGAAAGAAGAUCAAAUAAGAUGGCCAAAAUUGUUAUGCUCCUUGCCCUGUUGGUUGCACUUGUCGCCAUGGUUAGCGCACAACAUGGCCGUGGACAAGGACAAAUACACGGUGGUGGACAUGGCGGACAUGCCGGUGUAGGACCAGGCUUCGGAGCUCAUGGUGCUCAAGCAUAUGGAGGUGGUCAUGGAGGACAUGGAGGAGCAGGUAGUCAUGGUCGUCAACAACAGAACUUCGGUCAUGGUGGACACGGACAAGGACACGGACAGGGACGUGGUCAUGGACAUGGUCGAUACUAAAAAACAAUUUCCAAAAUACUCAAGACUACACUAUCAACACAAUCCUGGUUUAUUUAUAAAAAAAAAAUAAAAUUUACAAAUAA